UCGUGUAUGUUCAUGUUUAUCUUGAUUAAAUCCCACAAAGGACAACUUGAGAGAUGGACCGUUCUGUCCGAAGGAUGUUUAUCGACUGCUUGGUUGAGUGCUGCACGUUUUUAGCAGUCUACUCUUGAAAAUAUCGAAAAACGAUGCGUAUAAAAUGAGGAGGUUCUCUGCUUGGUGCUUCAACUGUCAAGCAUCCAAAACAAGUUGCAGGCAGGCGUGAACACCAGAGAUCCAUAGAAACCAUGGAGAACCAGCAGGAAAUUAGUGGCAACUGGAAAUCAUCAGAAGUUGAAGAGUAUGUCUCCAUGUCAUCUACUAGACGAACUGUUUCAGAAGUAAAAGUCCUAUCCCAACAGAUUGCAUUCGAGAGAACGGCUAGUUCAAGUAGCAGCGAUGCCUUCAAUAUCAUAAUGGACCAGGGCAUGUCUCGUUCAAGUGGCAGCGGUGCCUUCAAUAUCAUAACGGACCAGAGCACAGUUGGUUCAUAUGGUGACACUGACUUCAAGACCAUAAUGGACCAGGGCAUAGCUAGUUCAAGUAGCAGCGAUGGCUUCAAUAUCAUAAUGGACCAGGGAAUGUCUCGUACAAGUGGCAGCGGUGCCAUCAAUAUCAUAAUGGACCAGACCACAGUUGGUUCACAUGGUGAAACUGCCUUCAAGACCAUAAUGGACCAGGGCAAAGCUAGUUCAAGUAGCAGCGAUGCCAUCAUCAUAAUGGACCAGAGCAGAGUUGGUUCAAGUAGUGACACUGCCUUCAAGACCAUAAUGGACCAGAGCAGAGUUGCUUCAAGUAGUGACACUGCCUUCAAGACCAUAAUGGACCAGGGCAUAGCUACUUCAAGCACCAGCGAGACCAUCAAUAUCAUAACGGACCAUGGCAUGGCUGGUUCAAAAGGGAACACUGUCAUCAAGACCAUAAUGGACCAGGGCAUAUCUGGUUCAAGUGGUAACACUACCAUCAAUGUCAUAACGAACCAUGACUUCUCUCAAGGACUGCAUUCUUGGCACGCAAAUGGCUGCAGUUUCUCUGUGGUUUCCGCAGAGUCAGGUCACCCAGCAUUCUUAACAAAGCGAGGUGGUUAUUAUGCAGUUGUCUCGAAUCGAACAGAAAGUUGGCAGGGCUUGGAGCAAGAUAUCACAAGCAUUGUUUCUCCAGGUUCCACUUAUUAUGUUACUGCAUAUGUUGGUGUAUCAGGAAAUAUUCAGGGAACCACUGAUGUACAAGCUACUUUGAGAGUGGAAUAUCGAAAUUCCCCAACAGACUAUUUGUUCAUUGGAAGAAUUUCUCUGUCAAAGGAAAAGUGGGAAAAGUUAGAAGGAAAAUUCUCCCUGCCAACGAAGCCUGAUCGUGUCGUUUUUUACUUGGAAGGUCCUUCUCCUGCAGUGGACUUGCUUAUACAAUCAGUUGUUAUUACCAGCUCCCCUCCAAGUGAAUUCUAUGAAACAAGCUAUCAAAAGGAAACAUGUUAUCAAAAGGAAACAAGUAAUUAUCAGUUUGGGGACAUUGGAUAUGGAGAAGGGAACAUCAUGGCAAAUCCUAAAUUCGAGGAUGGCCUGAACAAGUGGUCUGGAAGAGGCUGCAAGCUUGUAUUACAUGAAUCAUUGGCUUGUGGGAAAAUUGUUCCUCAGUUUGGAAAAGUAUUUGCAUGUGCAACUGAACGUACACAGAGCUGGAACGGAAUCGAGCAGGAGAUAACUGGAAAAGUACAGGCAAAGCAAGCUUAUGAGGCCAUUGCUGUGGUUCGUAUCUUUGGCAACAAUGUUAGCAGUGCUGAUGUGCGAGUUACUUUAAGCGUCCAAACUACAGAUCUCCGAGAAGAAUACAUAGGCAUUGCCAAUCGGCAAGUAACAGAUAAGGAGUGGGUACAACUCAAAGGGAGAUUCCUUCUAAAUGGUUAUCUUAAAAAGGUGGUGAUUUUUAUAGAAGGUCCACCUGCAGAUAUUGAUAUUCUUGUCAAUGGAUUUUUUCUAAAGCAUGCUCAGAAAGUAACUUUCUCUCCUCAUCCAACAAUUCAGGGCAAAGCUGGUUCAAGUAGCAGCGGUGCCAUCCAUAUCACAAUGGAUCAGAGCACAGGUGGUUCAUAUGGUGACACUGCAAUCAAGACCAUAAUGGACCAAGGCAUGUCUGGUUCAAGUGGCAACACCACCAUCAAUGUCAUAUCGAACCAUGACUUCUCUCAAGGACUGCAUUCUUGGCACGCAAAUGGCUGUAUUUUCUCUGUGGUUUCCGCAGAGUCAGGUCACCCAGCAUUCUUAACAAAGCGGGGUGGUCAUUAUGCAGUUGUCACAAAUCGAACAGAAAGUUGGCAGGGCUUGGAGCAAGAUAUCACAAGCAUUGUUUCUCCAGGUUCCACUUAUUAUGUUACUGCAUAUGUUGGUGUAUCAGGAAAUAUUCAGGGAACCACUGAUGUACAAGCUACUUUGAGAGUGGAAUAUCGAAAUUCCCCAACGGACUAUUUGUUCAUUGGAAGAAUUUCUCUGUCAAAGGAAAAGUGGGAAAAGUUGGAAGGAAAAUUCUCCCUCCCAACGAACCCUGAUCGUGUCGUGUUUUACUUGGAAGGUCCUUCUCCUGCAGUGGACUUGCUUAUACAAUCAGUUGUUAUUACCAGCUCCCCUCCAAGUGAAUUCUAUGAAACAAGCUAUCAAAAGGAAACAAGCUAUCAAAAGGAAACCAGCUAUCAAAUGGAAACAAGCUAUCAAGAGGAAACAAGUUAUCAAAAGGAAACAAGUAAUUAUCAAUUUGUGGACAUUGGAUAUGGAGAAGGGAACAUCAUGGCAAAUCCUAAAUUUGAGGAUGGCCUGAACAAGUGGUCUGGAAGAGGCUGCAAGCUUGUCUUACAUGAAUCAUUGGCUUGUGGGAAAAUUGUUCCCCAGUUUGGAAAAGUAUUUGCAUGUGCAACUGAACGUACACAGUGCUGGAACGGAAUCGAGCAGGAGAUAACUGGAAAAGUACAGGCAAAGCUAGCUUAUGAGGCCAUUGCUGUCGUUCGGAUCUUUGGCAACAAUGUCAGCAGUGCUGAUGUGCGAGUUACUUUAUGCGUCCAAACGACAGAUCUCCGAGAAGAAUACAUAGGCAUUGCCAAUCGGCAAGUAACAGAUAAGGAGUGGGUACAACUCAAAGGGAGGUUCCUUCUUAAUGGUUAUCUUAAAAAGGUGGUGAUUUUCAUAGAAGGUCCACCUGCAGAUGUUGAUAUUCUAGUUAAUGGCUUUUUUUUAAAGCAUGCCGAGAAAGUAACUUCCUCCCCUCAUCCAACAAUUCAGGGCAAAGCUAGUUCAAGUAGCAGCGAUAUCGCCAAUAUCAGAAGGGACCAUGGCAUGUCUUCUACAAGUAGCAGUGGUGCCAUCAAUAUCACAAUGGACCAGAGCACAGUUGGUUCAUACGGUGACACUGCUAUCAAGACCAUAAUGGACCAAGGCAUAUCUAGUUCAAGUGGCAACACCACCAUCAAUGUCAUAACGAACCAUGACUUCUCUCAAGGACAGCAUUCUUGGCAAGCAAAUGGCUGCAGUUUCUCUGUGGUUUCCGCAGAGUCAGGUCACCCAGCAUUCUUAACAAAGCGGGGCGGUUAUUAUGCAGUUGUCACAAAUCGAACAGAAAGUUGGCAGGGCUUGGAGCAAGAUAUCUCAAGCAUUGUUUCUCCAGGUUCCACUUAUUAUGUUACUGCAUAUAUUGGUGUAUCAGGAAAUAUUCAGGGAACCACUGAUGUACAAGCUACUUUGAGAGUGGAAUAUGGAAAUUCCCCAACGGACUAUUUGUUCAUUGGAAGAAUUUCUCUGUCAAAGGAAAGGUGGGAAAAGUUGGAAGGAAAAUUCUCCCUGCCAAAGAAGCCUGAUCGUGUCCUUUUUUACUUGGAAGGCCCUUCUCCUGCAGUGGACUUGCUUGUACAAUCAGUCGUUAUUUCCAGCUCCCCUCCAAGUGAAUUCUAUGAAACAAGCUAUCAAAAGGAAACAAGCUAUCAAGAGGAAACAAGUUAUCAAAAGGAAACAAGUAAUUAUCAAUUUGUGGACAUUGGAUAUGGAGAAGGGAACAUCAUGGCGAAUCCUAAAUUUGAGGAUGGCCUGAACAAGUGGUCUGGAAGAGGCUGCAAGCUUGUCUUACAUGAAUCAUUGGCUUGUGGGAAAAUUGUUCCCCAGUUUGGAAAAGUAUUUGCAUGUGCAACUGAACGUACACAGUGCUGGAACGGAAUCGAGCAGGAGAUAACUGGAAAAGUACAGGCAAAGCAAGCUUAUGAGGCCAUUGCUGUGGUUCGGAUCUUUGGCAACAAUGUCAGCAGUGCUGAUGUGCGAGUUACUUUAUGCGUCCAAACGACAGAUCUCCGAGAAGAAUACAUAGGCAUUGCCAACAUGCAGAUAACAGAUAAAGAGUGGGUACAGUUGAAGGGGAAGUUCCUUUUAAAUAAUUACCCUAAAAAGGUAGUGAUUUUUAUAGAAGGUCCACCUGCAGACACUGAUAUUCUUAUCAAUGGUUUUUUUCUAAAGCAUGCCGAGAAAGUACCUUCCUCCCCUCAUCCAACAAUUCAGGGCAUAGCUACUUCCUGUAGCAGCGAAACCAUCAAUAUCACAGCGGACCAUGGGAUGGCUGGUUCAAGAGGUGACACUGUCAUCAAGACCAUAAUGGACCAGGGCAUAUCUGGUUCAAGUGGCAACACUACCAUCAAUGUCAUAACGAACCAUGACUUCUCUCAAGGACAGCAUUCUUGGCACGCAAAUGGCUGCAGUUUCUCUGUGGUUUCAGCAGAGUCAGGUCACAAAGCAUUCUUAACAAAGCGAGGUGGUUAUUAUGCAGUUGUCUCGAAUCGAACAGAAAGUUGGCAGGGCUUGGAGCAAGAUAUCACAAGCAUUGUUUCUCCAGGUUCCACUUAUUAUGUUACUGCAUAUGUUGGUGUAUCAGGAAAUAUUCAAGGAACCACUGAUGUGCAAGCUACUUUGAGAGUGGAAUAUCGAAAUUCCCCAACAGACUAUUUGUUCAUUGGAAGAAUUUCUCUGUCAAAGGAAAGGUGGGAAAAGUUGGAAGGAAAAUUCUCCCUGCCAAAGAAGCCUGAUCGUGUCCUUUUUUACUUGGAAGGCCCUUCUCCUGCAGUGGACUUGCUUGUACAAUCAGUCGUUAUUACCAGCUCCCCUCCAAGUGAAUUCUAUGAAACAAGCUAUCAAAAGGUAACAAGCUAUCAAAAGGAAACAAGUAAUUAUCAAUUUGUGGACACUGGAUAUGGAGAAGGGAACAUCAUGGCAAAUCCUAAAUUUGAGGAUGGCCUGAACAAAUGGUCUGGAAGAGGCUGCAAGCUUGUCUUACAUGAAUCAUUGGCUUGUGGAAAAAUUGUCCCCCUGUUUGGAAAAGUUUUUGCAUGUGCAACUGAGCGUACCCAGAGCUGGAACGGAAUAGAGCAGGAGAUAACUGGAAAAGUACAGGCAAAGGUAGCUUAUGAGGCCAUUGCUGUGGUUCGGAUCUUUGGCAACAAUGUUAGCAGUGCUGAUGUGCGAGUUACUUUAUGCGUCCAAACGACAGAUCUCCGAGAAGAAUACAUAGGCAUUGCCAAUAUGGAGGUAACAGAUAAAAAGUGGGUACAGUUGAAGGGGAAGUUCCUUCUAGAUAAUUACCCUAAAAAGGUAGUAAUUUAUAUAGAAGGUCCACCUGCAGACACUGAUAUUCUUGUCAAUGGCUUUUUUCUAAAGCAUGCUGAAAAAGUACAUUCCUCCCCUCAUCCAACAAUUCAGGGCAUAGCUAGUUCAAGUAGCAGCGGAACCAUCAAGACCACAACGGACCAGGGCAUAGCUACUUCCUGUAGCAGCGAAACCAUCAACAUCACAGCGGACCAUGGGAUGGCUGGUUCAAGAGGUGACACUGUCAGCAAGACCAUAAUAGACCAGGGCAUAUCUGGUUCAAGUGGCAACACUACCAUCAAUGUCAUAACGAACCAUGACUUCUCUCAAGGACUGCAUUCUUGGCACGCAAAUGGCUGCAGUUUCUCUGCGGUUUCAGCAGAGUCAGGUCACCCAGCAUUCUUAACAAAGCGAGGUGGUUAUUAUGCAGUUGUCACGAAUCGAACAGAAAGUUGGCAGGGCUUGGAGCAAGAUAUCACAAGCAUUGUUUCUCCAGGUUCCACUUAUUAUGUUACUGCAUAUGUUGGUGUAUCAGGAAAUAUUCAGGGAACCACUGAUGUACAAGCUACUUUGAGAGUGGAAUAUCGAAAUUCCCCAACAGACUAUUUGUUCAUUGGAAGAAUUUCUCUGUCAAAGGAAAGGUGGGAAAAGUUGGAAGGAAAAUUCUCCCUGCCAAAGAAGCCUGAUCGUGUCCUUUUUUACUUGGAAGGCCCUUCUCCUGCAGUGGACUUGCUUGUACAAUCAGUCGUUAUUACCAGCUCCCCUCCAAGUGAAUUCCAUGAAACAAGCUACCAAAAGGAAACAAGCUAUCAAAAGGAAACAAGCUAUCAAGAGAAAACAAGUUAUCAAAAGGAAACAAGUAAUUAUCAAUUUGUGGACGCUGGAUAUGGAGAAGGGAACAUCAUGGCAAAUCCUAAAUUUGAGGAUGGCCUGAACAAGUGGUCUGGAAGAGGCUGUAAGCUUGUCUUACAUGAAUCAAUGGCUUGUGGGAAAAUUGUCCCCCUGUUUGGAAAAGUUUUUGCAUGUGCAACUGAGCGUACCCAGAGCUGGAACGGAAUCGAGCAGGAGAUAACUGGAAAAGUGCAGGCAAAGCAAGCUUAUGAGGCCAUUGCUGUGGUUCGUAUCUUUGGCAACAAUGUUGGCAGUGCUGAGGUGCGAGUUACUUUAUGCGUCCAAACCACAGAUCUCCGAGAAGAAUACAUAGGCAUUGCCAAUAUGCAGGUAACAGAUAAGGAGUGGGUACAGUUGAAGGGGAAGCUCCUUCUAAAUAAUUAUCCUAAAAAGCUAGUGAUUUUUAUAGAAGGUCCACCUGCAGGCAUUGAUAUUCUUGUCAAUGGCUUUUUUCUAAAGCAUGCUGAGAAAGUAUCUUCUUCCCCUCAUCCAACAAUUCAGGGCAUAGCUAGUUCAAGUAGCAGGGGAACCAUCAAGACCACAGUGGACCAGGGCAUAGCUACUUCCUGUAGCAGCGAAACCAUCAAUAUCACAUCGGACCAUGGGAUGGCUGGUUCAAGAGGUGACACUGUCAUCAAGACCAUAAUGGACCAGGGCAUAUCUGGUUCAAGUGGCAACACUACCAUCAAUGUCAUAACGAACCAUGACUUCUCUCAAGGACAGCAUUCUUGGCACGCAAAUGGCUGCAGUUUCUCUGUGGUUUCAGCAGAGUCAGGUCACAAAGCAUUCUUAACAAAGCGAGGUGGUUAUUAUGCAGUUGUCUCGAAUCGAACAGAAAGUUGGCAGGGCUUGGAGCAAGAUAUCACAAGCAUUGUUUCUCCAGGUUCCACUUAUUAUGUUACUGCAUAUGUUGGUGUAUCAGGAAAUAUUCAAGGAACCACUGAUGUGCAAGCUACUUUGAGAGUGGAAUAUCGAAAUUCCCCAACAGACUAUUUGUUCAUUGGAAGAAUUUCUCUGUCAAAGGAAAGGUGGGAAAAGUUGGAAGGAAAAUUCUCCCUGCCAAAGAAGCCUGAUCGUGUCCUUUUUUACUUGGAAGGCCCUUCUCCUGCAGUGGACUUGCUUGUACAAUCAGUCGUUAUUACCAGUUCCCCUCCAAGUGAAUUCCAUGAAACAAGCUAUCAAAAGGAAACAAGCUAUCAAGAGAAAACAAGUUAUCAAAAGGAAACAAGUAAUUAUCAAUUUGUGGACACUGGAUAUGGAAAAGGGAACAUCAUGGCAAAUCCUAAAUUUGAGGAUGGCCUGAACAAGUGGUCUGGAAGAGGCUGCAAGCUUGUCUUACAUGAAUCAUUGGCUUGUGGGAAAAUUGUCCCCCUGUUUGGAAAAGUUUUUGCAUGUGCAACUGAGCGUACCCAGAGCUGGAACGGAAUCGAGCAGGAGAUAACUGGAAAAGUACAGGCAAAGCAAGCUUAUGAGGCCAUUGCUGUGGUUCGUAUCUUUGGCAACAAUGUUAGCAGUGCUGAUGUGCGAGUUACUUUAUGCGUCCAAACAACAGAUCUCCAAGAAGAAUACAUAGGCAUUGCCAAUAUGCAGACAACAGAUAAAGAGUGGAUACAGUUAAAGGGAAAAUUCCAUCUAAAUGAUUACCCUACAAAGGUAGUGAUUUUCAUAGAAGGUCCACCUGCAGGCACUGAUAUUCUUGUGAACGGCUUUUUUCUAAAGCAUGCUGAGAAAGUACCUCCCUCCUCUCGUCCAACAAUUGAGGGCAAAGUUAGUUCAAGUAGCAGCGAUAUCGCCAAUAUCAGAAGGGACCAUGGCAUGUCUUGUAGAAGUAGCAGCGGUGCCAUCAAUAUCACAAUGGACCAGAGCACUGUUGGUUCAUAUGGUGACACUGCUAUCAAGACCAUAAUGGACCAAGGCAUAUCUGGUUCAAGUGGCAACACCACCAUCAAUGUCAUAACGAACCAUGACUUCUCUCAAGGACAGCAUUCUUGGCACGCAAAUGGCUGCAGUUUCUCUGUGGUUUCAGCAGAGUCAGGUCACCCAGCAUUCUUAACAAAGCGAGGUGGUUAUUAUGCAGUUGUCUCAAAUCGAACAGAAAGUUGGCAGGGCUUGGAGCAAGAUAUCACAAGCAUUGUUUCUCCAGGUUCCACUUAUUAUGUUACUGCAUAUGUUGGUGUAUCAGGACAUAUUCAGGGAACCACUGAUGUACAAGCUACUUUGAGAGUGGAAUAUCGAAAUUCCCCAACAGACUAUUUGUUCAUUGGAAGAAUUUCUCUGUCAAAGGAAAGGUGGGAAAAGUUGGAAGGAAAAUUCUCCCUGCCAAAGAAGCCUGAUCGUGCCGUUUUUUACUUGGAAGGCCCUUCUGCUGCAGUGGACUUGCUUAUACAAUCAGUAGUUAUUUCCAGCUCCCCACCAAGUGAAUUCUACGAAACAAGCUAUCAAAAGGAAACAAGCUAUCAAGAGAAAACAAGUUAUCAAAAGGAAACAAGUCAUUAUCAAUUUGUGGACACUGGAUAUGGAGAAGGGAACAUCAUGGCAAAUCCUAAAUUUGAGGAUGGCCUGAACAAGUGGUCUGGAAGAGGCUGCAAGCUUGUCUUACAUGAAUCAUUGGCUUGUGGGAAAAUUGUCCCCCUGUUUGGAAAAGUUUUUGCAUGUGCAACUGAGCGUACCCAGAGCUGGAACGGAAUCGAGCAGGAUAUAACUGGAAAAGUACAUGCAAAGCUAGCUUAUGAGGCCAUCGCUGUGGUUCGGAUCUUUGGCAACAAUGUUUCCAGCGCUGAUGUGCGAGCUACUUUAUGGGUUCAAACGACAGAUCUCCGGGAACAAUACAUAAGCAUUGCCAAUCUGCAAGCAACAGAUAAGGAGUGGGUACAAUUAAAAGGAAAGUUUCUUCUAAAUGAUUACUCUAAGAAGGUAGUGAUUUUCAUUGAAGGCCCUCCUGCAAAAACUGAUAUUCUUGUCAAUGGUUUUUUCCUAAAACAUGCUGAGAAAGUACCAUCCUCCCCUCGUCCAAGAAUUGAGGGCAUAGUUAGAUCAAGUAGCGGCGGUGCCACUGCCAUCAAGACCAUCAAUGUCAUAACGAACCAUGACUUCUCUCAAGGACUGCAUUCUUGGCACGCAAAUGGCUGCAGUUUCUCUGUGGUUUCCGCAGAGUCAGGUCACCCAGCAUUCUUAACAAAGCGGGGCCGUUAUUAUGCAGUUGUCACAAAUCGAACAGAAAGUUGGCAGGGCUUGGAGCAAGAUAUCACAAGCAUUGUUUCUCCAGGUUCCACUUAUUAUGUUACUGCAUAUGUUGGUGUAUCAGGAAAUAUUCAAGGAACCACUGAUGUACAAGCUACUUUGAGAGUGGAAUAUCGAAAUUCCCCAACAGACUAUUUGUUCAUUGGAAGAAUUUCUUUGUCAAAGGAAAAGUGGGAAAAGUUGGAAGGAAAAUUCUCCCUGCCAAAGAAGCCUGAUCGUGUCCUUUUUUACUUGGAAGGCCCUUCUCUUGCAGUGGACUUGCUUGUCCAAUCAGUCGUUAUUACCAGCUCUCCUCCAAGUGAAUUCCAUGAAACAAGUUAUCAAAUGGAAACAAGUUAUCGAAAGGGAACAAGCUAUCAAAAGGAAACAAGCUAUCAAAAGGAAACAAGUCAUCAAUGUGUGGACAUUGGAUAUGGAGAGGGGAACAUCAUUGCAAAUCCUAAAUUUAAGGAUGGCCUGAGCAAUUGGUCUGGAAGAGGCUGCAAGCUUGUAUUACAUGAAUCAAUGGCUGGUGGAAAAAUUGUCCCUCAGUGUGGAAAAGUGUUUGCAUGUGCAACUGAACGUACCGAGAGCUGGAACGGGAUCGAGCAGGAGCUAACUGGAAAAAUACACAGAAAGCUGGUUUAUGAGGUCACUGCUGUGGUUCGGAUCUUUGGUGACAACGUUACCAGUGCUGAUGUGCGAGUUACUUUAUGGGUCCAAACGACAGACCUCCGAGAAGAAUACAUAUGCAUUGCCCAGCUGCCGGCAACAGACAAGGAGUGGGUUCAGUUAAAGGGAAAGUUCCUUUUAAAUGGUUACCCUAUAAAAGUAGUAAUUUUCAUAGAAGGUCCAUCUGCAGGCACCGAUAUUCUUGUUAAUAACUUUUUUCUGAAGUACGCUCAGAAAGUACCUCCCUCCCCUCGUCCUGUAAUUCAGAAUCCUGGUUAUGGAGUUAAUAUCAUUCAGAAUAGCGAUUUUAAUGAUGGAACCAAUGGAUGGUUUCCUCUUGGUAGUUGCACUCUGAAUGUUGCAGCUGGCUCACCGCAAGUACUUCCUCCAAUGGCAAGUAACUCCCUUGGACAUUGUGAGCCAUUAAGUGGUCACUACAUCCUCGUCACUGAACGCACAGACACUUGGAUGGGCCCUGCACAGAUCAUCACAGACAAAAUCAAACUCUUUUUGACGUACCAGAUAUCUGCUUGGGUUAAGGUCGGAAGUUGUAUAGAUGGUCCUCAAACUGUGAAUGUUGCAAUUGGAGUGGACGACGAAUGGGUGAAUGGGGGAAAUGUUGAGAUUCGUGAUGAUGAAUGGCAUGAAAUUGGUGGGUCCUUCAGAAUUGAGAAGCAAGCAACUAAGAUCAUGGUUUAUGUCCAAGGUCCUGCUUCUGGUGUUGACUUAAUGGUUGCUGGACUUCAAAUUUUCGCUGUUGAUCGAGAGGCAAGAUUCAAACAUUUAAAGAGGCAGACAGACAAGAUUCGUAAGCGUGAUAUCACCCUGAGAAUCACAGGUGUGGAUUCAGGCGGUUUUCUUGGUUCCUAUCUUCAAGUCAAACAAACACAGAACACUUUCCCCAUUGGCUCAUGCAUGAGCAGGACAACCAUAGAUAAUGAAGAUUUUGUCAGUUUCUUUAUAAAAAAUUUCAAUUGGGCUGUGUUUGAAAACGAAUUAAAAUGGUAUUGGACAGAAGCAGAAAGAGGAAAACUCAACUAUAAGGAUGCCGAUGAGAUGUUAGACUUGUGCAUUAAAAACAACAUAGCAACUCGAGGUCAUUGCAUCUUCUGGGGAGUUGAAGACGCAGUCCAGCCAUGGGUUAAAGCUCUGAACAAUAAUGACUUAAUGGCAGCUGUUCAAAAUCGUUUAACAGAUUUACUUACGAGGUACAAGGGAAAAUUCAGACAUUAUGACGUGAACAAUGAGAUGCUGCACGGAUCUUUCUAUCAAGAUCGGCUGGGCAAAGAUAUCCAUGCAUACAUGUUCAAGACAGCCAAUCAGCUAGACCCAUCACCCACCCUUUUUGUGAAUGAUUAUCAUGUUGAAGAUGGCAAAGAUUCAAGAUCAACUCCAGAAAAAUAUAUAGCACAGAUUCUUGAUUUGAAAGAACAAGGUGCCCCAGUAGGAGGAAUUGGUAUCCAAGGACACAUCGAUAGCCCAGUUGGGCCAAUCGUUUGUGCUGCUCUUGAUAAACUGGCUGAGCUUCGUCUUCCAAUCUGGUUUUCAGAACUUAAUCUCUCUUCCAUUAAUGAACAUAUCAGAGGAGAUGAUUUAGAAGUCAUGCUUCGGGAGGCUUUUGCUCAUCCUGCUGUAGAAGGCAUUAUGUUCUGGGGAUUCUGGGAGUUGUUCAUGAGCCGAGAGAAUUCUCAUUUGGUUAAUGCAGAUGGUGAAAUCAAUGAAGCUGGUAAAAGAUUGCUUGCUCUUAAAAAAGAAUGGCUGAUAUCAGAAUUUCAUGGGCAUCUUAAUAACAAAGGAGAAUUCACAUUUAGAGGAUUUCAAGGGACGUACAAUGUUGAAAUUUUUGGUCCUUGCAAGAAGAUUGCAAAAACUUUUGUUGUUGAUAGGGGAGAGUGUCCUCAGGUGGUAACCAUAGAAUUGAAGUAAGCUUACUUCAAAUCUCAAUAUGAUUGCGGCUGAACAAAAUCAAAGUGCUAAAUUAUGUUGCUGAUUAUUAAAAACUUGCAUAAACAAAUCAAAAUAUUUUCUUUUGUUGUAUAUAUUAUGUGUGUAAUCAAGGAAUAUGAAUUUUUAGAUUUUUUAUUCAA